CUACCUAAAUCCGAUCCGUCUGCUUUCUAGAUUCAGGAUCGUCCAACCAAAUCAUCGGAAUUCCAAUAUCUUUUCACCAGAAUGACCAAUCACACGUUCCACUGUCCAUUUCUCUCCAUUUCUCUUCCAUAUCUUUUCACCAGAAUGACCAAUCACACGUUCCCCUGUCCAUUUCUCUCCCUGCGCUAAGCCAAUCACGGACAGGCUAGCGACGCUCCGAAUUCGGAAUGGAUUUUAACUGUAGAACAAACCACACGUAUUCAAUCGUCAUUCCUGAAAACGACUCUGUAAGAUGUCUACUAAGAAGCAUCGAGCCAUGGGGUCUGAGGAGUGGGUGAGCCGCCUGAAGGCAUUUGCCUCUUCUGGCACUUGGCCCUCCAGUGCAGGGAACAGGCCAUCUCCGAAACAGGCCAAGUGGCACAACCUCUACCAGAAGAUUGAGAAGUGUCCCAUGAUGCUGCGUGGGCAGACCUUAAUCUUAGGGAUAGCCCAGACAUGUACCUGUGGCUUUCACUCCCAGCAGUCUGUGAGAAGCCCUGCAGCUACCUCUGCCUCCACCUCUGCUGCGCCUGCACGGAGCCCUGGGAGGCCUGCAUUGACGCUGGCGAUGUUUGAGAAAGCGCGGUUCGGUGGGACUUUGUCUGCUGCAGCCAAGCCGAAUGUCAAUCUGACCAGGAGGCCUGUUGAGCGUCCCUCCAGCCCUGCCACUGUCCCGUCUGGGAGAAGCACUCCAUCCGCUACCCCACCUCGAGUGACGCCCCCUUCCAGUCCCAGAUUCUACAGGCCUGUCUCCCCUUUCUCUCUGCCUCCAUCCAGCCCCGUCAUGUCGGCGGCGAGGACCAGCUCUUCUCCUCUGGUAGAAUCAGAUACGAGUCCUGCUCCUCCAGGUCUCCUCCCUGCUCCUCCAGGUCUCCUCCCUGCUCCUCCAGGUCCCCUCCCUGCUCCUCCAGGUCCCCUCCCUGCUCCUCCAGGUCCCCUCCCUGCUCCUCCAGGUCCCCUCCCUGCUCCUCCUGGUCCCCUCCCUGCUCCUCCUGGUCCCCUCCCUGCUCCUCCUCUUGCUGCUCAGUUCUGGCUGCCGGUGGAAAUGAGGAAGACCAUUCCCCAGCAGGACCAGCGCUGGAUUGCAUCCACGCUGUGGAGGAACCAGCGGCUGCGCCCGGACGUCCAGCUCUGGUAUGAGCCACCUGUUCCUGCCCUCAUCUACAACCAGGUCCCAUCACCAGACCGCUUUUUUAUGCACCGGCUCCUGGUGUGGAUGCCCUACCACCUGUGGAAGGUGAGGCUGUCCUGCCCCCAGUGCAAGGGGCAGCUCACCGGGGCCGGCAUCCAUAAGAGGGCACGGAAGGUCCUGGACGUGGACAGGUACUACCUGAUGGUGACGGAGACCCUCAGGUGCAACUCCUCCAGUUGCGUAUCAAAUUACCUGUCCACGAGCCAGACCGUCCUGGACCAGCUGAGCUUGGCUCUCCGCGGGGAGUUCCGCCUCAUCCUGACCCGCAAGUAUGCGUGUGACAUCCGUGUCAUCCGGAUGCUACGGGAGAGGACCCUCGGCAACAGCUCCACACGCCUGGCCAAACAGCUGCGGGAGAACCACGGCGAGGAGUGGCUGCAGCGGUUGGCCCGCUACAUGGAGCUGGCCAAUGACUUUGCCCGCAGGCCCGGUCUCUUCCCUGUGGUCUGUCAGAGCCCCCCCGAGCCUAUCGCUGUCCCGACCAACAGGUGGCUCCUGACGGUGUACGGGAAGGACUUGAUGAGCCGUAUGGGUCACAUCAAGGCCAGCAUCACCUCCACCUUUGGCUCCAUUUUAAAAAUGGAUUCUACAAAGAAGAUGACCAAAAAGCUGGCUGGAGCCGCCAAGGGGACGGCGCUCUGGGUGUCCUCCGUCAGCAACGAGAAGGGGCAGGUCCUGAUCAGCGUCCUGACAGCCCAGGAGGGACCUGGACUGGACCGGAUGGUGUCAGGCCUCAUCAGGCGCUACAGCGAGGCGGGCGUGGCUCCCCCUAUACUCCUCUAUGUGGACUGUGGCUGCUGCAAGGAGACGGGAGGGGAGAGCAAGCUGCAGGCCAGGUUCGGCGGCUGGCCAGACCUCGUCAUCCGGCUGGACAUCUGGCACUUCCUUCGGCGGCUUGCGGCCGGAUGCAUGACCGACGCCCACGCCCUGUACCCCAUCUUCAUGGCCACGCUCUCCGUCUGCCUGUUUGAGUGGGACCCUGAAGAUGUGGCCCUUCUGCGCCACGCCAAGAGGGAGGAGCUCCGGAGGGAGGGUGUGCCCGGCAUCUCCGAGGCUCUGGUGGACAGCCGGUUGACCAAGGCCCAGUUGGCGCUGUACUGCAGGCGGAGGACCCGUGGAGAGGAGGCCACCAUCCGCCAGGUGGAGGCCCUGCUGCAGGAGCUGAUGGGGGACAAAGGCAGGGACCUGCUGGGUGUUCCCCUCCUGGACCGGGUGAGGAUGGAGCACAUCUGGCGGGUUCAGAAGAGGCACGUCAAGUGCAUCCAGGACCUGCCAGGUGUGCCUCUGUACACAAAGACCGGCACCACCACCACCAAGGACGGCGUCGUCCUCACCAAAUACAGGUGUGCGCGAGGUUCAACGUCACUGGAGUCCUUCCACUGCCACCUGAACCGCUUUAUUCCAGGGACCCAGGCCAAUGACCUGAACUUCCAGCUCUACUUGCUGGACGGGCUGAACCGGUGGAACCAGGACCGGGCUGCUGCUGCUGUGGCUGAGAAGAUGUCCGCUCUCCUCAGCUACUCAGGGGAUCUGGUACACUGUGUGAACACAUUUGGCACCAAUGUGUUUGGACAGAUGUUUGUCCCCUCUUUCCGCCUCCCCAGCAAGUACACUGGAGAGUUGAUAGGCAUUGACUACCUCUACAUGCAGACGGGGAAGUGCAUGCAGGACAUGGAUCCUGAGGGGGAGGAGACGGAGCAGCUGCUGGAGGACCUGGGCGACGAGGCAGAGGAUGAGGGCUUCACAGACGACACCGAGGCUAGUCUGGAGCUCUUCUCUGCCCUCAUUUCACUACCACCUGCUCAGCCCUCCACCAGUGGUUCCUGGUCCGCUGCUCCACCUCCUCCUUCUCCUCCACCACCGGCUCAGCCCUCCACCAGUGGUUCCUGGUCCGCUGCUCCACCUCCUCCUUCUCCACCACCACCGGCUCAGCCCUCCACCAGUGGUUCCUGGUCCGCUGCUUCACCUCCUCCUUCUCCACCACCACCGGCUCAGCCCUCCACCAGUGGUUCCUGGUCCGCUGCUCCACCUCCUCCUUCUCCUCCACCACCGGCUCAGCCCUCCACCAGUGGUUCCUGGUCCGCUACUCCACCUCCUCCUUCUCCUCCACCACCGGCUCAGCCCUCCACCAGUGGUUCCUGGUCCGCUGCUCCACCUCCUCCUUCUCCACCACCACCUCCACCUGCGUCAUCUGCUGUCACCGCUCCGGGUGCCGCCCCACAGGUUCCUGUUGAGCAGUUGGCAGUGGAUGAAAACAACAUCCCGGGCCUGGAGAGGGUGGACCGCCUAGCCGAGUAUCUGGUGGGGCUGAGGAGCCAGACCAGCCUGGCCCUCAGCAACCGGGACGUCGGCAUCAUCGUCGGCCUGUGGGAGGACCUGCUGCCCUACGACCAGCAGAAGGCGGUGUACCAUGCACGGCACCAGGACAGGCUGCUGACGGGGCGCUUCAGGUCGCCGAAGAAGAAGGGAGAGUUCACGUCGGGUGUGGACAGUUUGCGGAGAUGCACCAUAACAGCGAGUGCAUCUCCUGCACAGUGGCCUUCAUGCUGCCGCCUGGUUGAUGCCAUCUGUGUUAGGCUCUGCACCCUCCACCCUUCCCCUACCAAGAAGGGGAAGGGGUACCUCUCAAGGUGGAGUCUGAUCCUGAGGGACUACCGCAGGAUCAGACAGCUCAUCCUGGCCAACGGGGCCGUGAUGUCCACCACCAGCCUGCAGCUGGUUGAGGUGAACCAGACCACCCUCAUCCAGUGGCACAACAGGAGGGUGGCCAGGCAGGGUGUCUCCGUGUUGUGCCAGGGUGUGGACCUGCCUGCCCCUGUGCCUGUUGCCACCGUGGUCUUACCUCCGGGUAUGGACCGCCCCGCUGUGGCUCCUCAAACCCCGGGCCUGGUGAAAUAUUCCUACCACCUCCCGGAGAGCACAGCGGGGCGGGCCAAAAUGAACCGGAGGGCCACAGCCACUGCCACCGCAGCCGUAGCACCAGCACCGGCACCGGCACCAGCACCAGCAACGGCACCUGCAACGGCUGUAAGGCCCAGGAUGAAGACAGCCCAGAGGCGGCUGUUUCCCUGUCCUCCCACCCCUACCCCUGUCAUCAGCAGCACCCCUGCUCCAUUUGUUUUUGCCCUCCCCCGGGCCCCUGCUCCAUUUGUUUUUGCCCUCCCCCGGGCCCCUACUCUCUCCGGCACUCCUGCCCUCACCCAAUCCCUCCCUAGCACAUCAUUCCUCCCGGUAAACCCCCUGUUGCGCUACCCUCACGCCCAGCCCCCCAUUAUGUUUGCUGUCCCCUCAGCAGUGCCUCCUGCAGAACGGAAGAGGCCUUACAACAGGACUGGGGAGGCAAAUAAAUGCAGGAGGUGUGGGGAGCCCCGGAGUGCAGCGACUGGCCACAGCCAGUACAAGGGGAAAAUCUACUGCCCCUCCUCCGAGUCCCUGACCAAGGAGCAGUGGUUGGCGGAGAGGAGGAAAUAAGAUUACCAGUGUAUAGUAUCUAUGUUAUAUGUUAAAAUAAACAUGUUUAUAUAUUAACAAAUGUUUUAAGAAUUAUUUGCUGGUCAUCUUAUUCGAAUCAUUAGCCAGAUCCACUCCACAAGAGGAAGCACCAUACUACUAUUGCAAUAUAAUAUGCACACAAAAUGAUUUAUAGUUGAAAUACUUGUAGGUUGAAGAUGGAGGCUAAAUUGAGCCCACAGGUCACAAUACAAAUAAUAACUAAACAAGUAGCUUGCUAAAGAGUGCACAGGUGUGCUGUGAAUAGCUGUAUGGCUACAACAAUAGUGGAAAAGAAAGUAACAUAUUCAUUAGAAUAUUCCCAUUAAAAUAAGUGCAUAUGUGUGUCAAUGGAGGGCAAGGGUAAUUAUAUUUGCGCAAGAGAUCUUGAGUACAUCCAUGAAUGAACCAAAAAAUGUUUUUGUCACCGGUGGGACUUGAACCGCCGACCUUCUGUUCCAAGGCUGAAGAAUUGCAAACAAAACUCCACAUUCUCAGGUUUUUAUUAGUUUUUUAUGUAAUGAAAUGUUUUUUUGUAAUUUAUGUCCUAAAUUUCUCUCAUUCCCUUCCCUUUCCCCUUUUUCUCCCUUUUUCUCCCUUUUUCCUCUCUUUUUCCUCUCUUUUUCCUUCCUUUUCUUCUCCCCCCCUUCUCCCCCCUUUCCUUCCUUCU